AUGUGGUCAAGACCGGUCAAACCUUUUCUUUUUGUCUUAAAUCUGGGAGCCGUGCUAGUCACCGCUGGUCCGUGCGACAUCUAUGCUGCUGGGAACACGCCCUGUGUUGCAGCGCACGCAACUACUCGUGCCCUCUACAGCGCAUACACAGGCGCGCUGUACCAAGUCAAGCGUGCAAAAGAUAAUGCGGUUACCGAUAUUAAACCAACCUCCGCCGGUGGCCCCGCAGACUCCGCAGCGCAAGACUCCUUCUGCUCUGGCACGACUUGCCUUAUUUCCAUCAUCUAUGAUCAGUCUGGUCGCAACAACCAUCUGACUCAAGCCCCACCGGGUGGGUUUAAAGGCCCAGCGGCUGGCGGUUACGAUAAUUUGGCGAGCGCCACAGCUGCCCCAGUCUACCUCAACGGUCGCAAGGUCUACGGAGUAUUCGUGGCCCCCGGAACUGGUUAUCGUAAUAACAAAGCCACGGGCACUGCGAAGGGCGACCAGGCACAAGGUAUCUAUGCCGUGCUGGACGGAACCCAUUACAACGGCGGGUGCUGUUUUGAUUACGGCAACGCUGAGAUUAGCAGCACCGAUACUGGCAAUGGACAUAUGGAAACCAUAUACUUCGGAAACAACAAAGUCUGGGGAACUGGUGCGGGCAGUGGUCCUUGGAUCAUGGCCGAUCUUGAGAACGGUCUCUUUUCAGGUGUCAAUGUGGGGAACAACGCUGGAAACCCAUCCAUAACCUGGCGGUUUGUUACCGCUAUUGUGAAAGGAACGGCGAAUUUAUGGGCCAUUAAGGGCGGCGACUCCACAUCCGGCUCACUGUCAACUAUUUACAGUGGAAAGCGACCAAAUGCGAACGGAUACAACCCAAUGAGCAAAGAGGGGGCUAUCAUCCUCGGAAUUGGUGGCGAUAAUAGUAAUGGUGCUGCCGGAACAUUCUACGAAGGCGUGAUGACAUCCGGAUACCCCACCGAUGCUACCGAAAACUCGGUUCAGGCCGAUAUAGUUGCCGCUAGAUACUCCACCACCGGGGGCGGCACCGGCACCACUACGAGCGCUGUUCGUACCACCACGAGUGCCGGGGGUAGUAGUGGAUCUUGCUCUUCCCUUUACGGACAGUGUGGGGGUAUUGGAUGGACUGGCCCCACCUGCUGCUCAUCGAGUACUUGCACAUACUCUAAUCCAUACUACUCGCAGUGCCUCUAA